CACAUGCAUGGUGCAUUUUGUCUUCAUCUACUGUUUUCAUUGACAGGGACAAAAAAAUGAUAGCCUUUCUGUAGAAAACUGGCCUUUUCCAAUACCCAGAAAACAGGGUCGACUGGUGUCCGAUACCUGCGCUGAGCCCUCUGUGUUUCCCCCUGUGUGACAGCAGAAGGUCCUCUAGAAGGAACGCAUGUACUGUGUGAGCCUCACUUUAAAUACUCAAAGAAUUAAUUGAAGAACAUGAUGGAAGGAAGGGGAGAGUUUGCUGAAGUAAAAGAAGCCUCUAUCUUCCCCAUGCUAAUUGUUGACAUGGAAAACAAGGAAAAUGGCUCUCUGGAUGUCAAAAAUUCAGUAGAGAACGGGAGACCUCCAGAUCCUGCUGACUGGGCUGUUACUGAUGUUGUGAAUUAUUUCAGAACAGCUGGAUUUGAAGAACAAGCCAGUGCUUUUCAAGAACAGGAAAUUGAUGGCAAAUCAUUACUGUUGAUGACAAGAAAUGAUGUACUGACUGGACUUUCAUUAAAACUGGGGCCUGCGCUGAAAAUCUAUGAAUAUCACGUAAAACCUCUACAGACACAACAUCUAAAGAACAACUCUUUGUAGCAAAUUGUCUCAUUGGGGUCAUGUUGUACCUCAAAGGAAAAAUAAGCAAUUUGGUUUCAUGUGAUGGAACUUUGUAAAGAGGGAAUAUAUCUAUUAAGAGUUUAAACCAAAUUACAAUAUAUAUAUAUCCUAUUGGAUAGAGUUGGCAAUAUUCUAUAUACUGAGUCUGAACUGAGAGAGGUGGUGUGUGUUUUUUACAUAGUACAUAAUGAUUUUCUCUUUUAGGAAGUGUCAGUCAGCAUGUUGAGAUAGCUACAUCACUGUAUCCAGAACAAAAGGGAGGUAUGUCAUUCUCAUUUUUGAGCCAGUUCUUGAUUUCAUUAAUUGAAAUACAAAAAAAAAAAAAUAAAACCAACCCCAAAUAAAGUUUACAGGCAUCUUUAGGAGAGAGAAACCAGUUAAAGUAGGUUUUGGUUUACACUGAAGACCUAUUAAAAUUAUUCCUACUUUUAAUUUUAGGAUGGGACUGACACUUGCCAAGUCACCCUUUUUUGCAGAGGGUCCUAUUUUGACCUUAUUAAGGUUUACUCGUGGUAUGCUGCAAUGUUUAAAGCUGUACAUACAACUAACAUAACUCCUUCGAUAGCAGAAGGUGUUGCUGACAGGUGAAACUGGGUUGUGUAUUUUUUGCUGUUCUUUAAAUUUUCAACUUGUUUUCACCUGUUUUUAAUAGUAGUCCAAUGUAAAAUAUAGUUGGUUUUUAAAAGUUUGUGUUCCUUUGCAAACAACAACAAAAAAAGCUUAAUUUUAUUCCUUUUUUAAUUUAUGAUUGUUUUCUAACAUUAUGCAGAAAUUUGUAAAAAGUAAAAUUCUGCACAUUUUUAAUACUGUCUGUCUUUGGUGUUGUAAUGAUUGGGGUUUUUUUAAUGCUUUACUUAACAGUUAGAAUACUUGUUUUAAGAACUGAAAGAAGCUGUCUCAUCACCAUACAUCUCUGUUAAAAGAGAGUCUUGUUCAAUCUGUUUGUACCAGUUCCCUAUUUGAUAGGUUGCUUGCUAUAUCCCAAUAAAACAUUGCUUAUGUUUGGAUUCAGUUUA